GAGAAGGCCAUGAAACUCCAUUAGAGAAGCCACCAAUGAGAUCCGAAGAAGAGAAGAAGGAUGAGAGCAUGCUAAGCCCUGGGUUCCGGUCAGCGGCGGCCAUGGCUGGCUGGGACGAGGAGGCUCUACUCUUGGCCAGCCUCAUUGUAGAAGACACACCUCUCAGAGAGUCUCGCCAAAAGAAACGCCCUGGAUUCCUUUCCAAAACCCCAAGCUCCACCAAUUCAAUCAGGAAACGGAGGCCGCGGAGGCAGAGUCCCGGUUCACUGCCGGCUGUUGUUCUUUGUCUUGAUGAUGAGAAGAAUGAUGUUCAAGAAGGUGAUGGAGUGAAGAGAAGAGAAGAAGGAGAUGGUGGUGUUGAUGAGGAGAAGAAUGGAGGAGAAGAGGUUUCGGCCGAGAAGGUUUCGGAGAAUGGAUUUCCUUGCAUUGAUAGACUAAGGGAAGAGCUUUCUUGUGCGAUAUGUUUGGAGGUUUGUUUUGAGCCAAGCACUACUCCCUGUGGCCACAGUUUCUGCAUAAAAUGCUUGAAAUCAUCUGCUUCUAAAUGUGGGAAAAGAUGUCCAAAAUGCAGGCAACUUAUCAGCAGCACAAGGUCUUACACAGUGAACACAGUGCUUUGGAACACAAUUCAGCUUCUAUUUCCCGACGAAAUCAAGGCAAGAACAAAGUGCAUCAAUACAUCAUCAUCACCUAAAACAAGCCCGGAAAGACGAAAUAGAAACACAAUCACUAGCAGUGCAAGGACCACCAUUAGCCAAGCUCCGAGAGCGAUAGCAAGAGAUAAUAAUAACGGCAGUAAUCGACGAAGAAGAGCAAUGCCGAGCCAAUCGGAGGAUGCAGCAUUGGCCUUGAGGUUACAAAGAGAAGAAUUUAUGGAAGCAUUCAGAGAAAAUGACAAUGAACAACAACAACAACAACAACAUCAGCCUAGAAAUGCAUCUGUGUACACUGCUAGAAACAACUUGAGAGCAAUGGCAUCAAGAGCUGUUAAUUUUCGGAGAAGAGGCCGUUUUCCUUACAUCAUAGACUAGUUUUUUUUUUUUUAUUAUUCUUAUGAAUGCUACUUGCAUUUCCAAUCAUUUUGUUCAUUUUAUAAUUAUGCAUUGUUCUAAGUUGUCAUUGAUUAACAUUUUGAAGAAUUCUCCUCCAAACUUGAAUUUUUUUUGUUUUUGUUUUUUUUUUCAGUAAAA